GUCAACUGUCAGAUACUUCAUACUUCUUAAAAAGUUUUGGAUCGGAUUCGGCUAACAAUAAUUCUCAAAAUAAAAAACUAUUUUAUCAAAAUUCACGCGAAAUUGUAGUGUUUAAUGUUUAAUAGUUACUCCUUUCAGCGCGUCGUAUAAUUUUACCAAGGUUCUUAUCAUGACUGAGAAACCGAAUCAGCCGAUUAAAAAGGCUAAGAAAAGAAAACUCAGUGUUAAAGAAAACACAGCUGAAGACCCAAAAUUGUCGAAAAAAGAAAACACUAAACCAGAAAACCAGCAACUGCCAAAAAAACCUAAGAAGAAAAAGGCUAAAAAGGCACUUUCUCUUAAUGAUGAAGAAAUACUUAAAAAAUAUCCCGUCCUGAGCGACCAGGCCCUCAUCACCAAGUUUUCAGCUGUGAAAGUCUCUAACAAUCAAAAAGGACGAAUAAGACAAGCACUAAGAGACAGUCUGAAGGGCAUCUCCGAUGCUUCCCUUCCUGACAUCCUCAACAACAAGAUCCAAAUGAUACUGAAAAGUUCAGACAACCUCACAGAAACAGAUCUGAGGAAGAUUAGAAUUCUGUAUAACAUGCUUAAAACAGCUACAACCCCAAAAACUGAUGCAUCCGAGCAAACCGAAGGUGACAUCGAGACAGCUGAUGAUAAAGAAGAAAAAGUUGGUGAGGUAAAAGAAGAGAAAAAGGCAAAAAAACAAAAGAAAAAUAAGGAUAAAACAAAUGGUGAUGAAAAUAUAGGUGAGGAUGGUGAUGCUGCAAAAAAAGAUGACAAAAAGGAUGUAAAAGUUAAAGGACCUAAGAGAUAUGUGGUCUUCAUUGGUAACUUGCCCAUUGAUGUUGAGAAAGAGCAAAUUCUAAAGCAUUUCUCGGAUCUAAGUGACCAGAUUACCGAUUUACGGAUGCCCAAAGUAAUCGAAGGGAAAAAAGCCGCCAUCGCGUAUCUGGAAUUGAAAGAUGAGCCAAGUUAUGAGCUGGCUUUAUCAAAGAAUCACACUAUGCUGGCGAACAGAAGGAUCAAUGUAAUGUACACCACCCAACAGGGCAGCAAAAUAGGCAAAACCGAAGCUAAAGGAAAAGCGGCCAAAUUAGCAGCACUACAAAAGACUGGGCAGUUGUUGGGCAGCAUUCCCCUCAAUAAGAAGAGAAGUCAACGGCGAAAGAAGCAGAGAAUAGCACUAGCCAAGGAGGCGAAAGAGAAAGAGACAUAAGUAUUGUAACAUAAUGUUGAAAUUAGAUUAUAACAUUUUAUGGCUAUAUGAAAAAGUUUUUGGAAGUGAAAAGUUUACAUUUACAAUUCAGUAAAUAUAUUUUAUUGAAGUUAAA